UAUCGGUUAUCCAACGCACCGUUAUGAGCUAUAAUAUCUUCUAUGAUUUAUGUAGUCUUGUGCCUUGAAGUCACGUGAUGGACGUAUGUAGCAACUAGCAAAGCAAAUUUUCUCCCUCUUAAAAGACUUAGAUCAUGAUCAUCCACAUAGCUUCUAUUUGCUUCUCAUAGCUUACUUGCUUUCCCUCUUCUUGUGUCUUUUGAUCAUCCGUUUACAAUGACUCCAAUCUUCUUUAAUUCAUCUUCUAACAAUUAUUCAUCAUACCCAACUGAUCACUAUGAAGAUCACCUUCACACCCACCAAUUCUUGACCCCCAUAUCUCAACCUUCGUCGUCUUCGAAAUCGCUCACAACCCAUAUGUUCUUGAACUCAAGUGAUCAAAAUGGGAUCUUUAAUGAGGAUUUAAAUGAGUCUCCACAAUAUCAACAUGAGGGCAAUCAUUUUGGAUCACAAGCAUACAAAGAUCAUGGGAUUGAGAACAAUAACAUGAAAGGAUUGGUAGAUCUUUCUACAUGGAACAAGAGUAGUGAUCUACAUCAAGUGAAGUGGAUGUCUUCCAAGAUGAGGGUGAUGCUCAAAAUGAAGAAAUCUGAUCAUCAACCCAUGAAUAUAAACACUUAUAGUUCCACUAGUACACAAGUGACCAAGCUUGAAGAACACAAUUCACCAAUGGAAGAAACUGAUAAUUCAAGCAAUAGUACUUCUUCAAACAAUAACAUACCAAUUAGGGUUUGUUCGGAUUGUAACACCACCAAAACGCCUCUAUGGCGAAGCGGUCCUCGUGGUCCUAAGUCACUUUGCAAUGCCUGCGGAAUCCGACAAAGGAAGGCGAGAAGAGCCGCAGCUGCGGCUGCAGCAGCCGAGAAUGGCGAUGGGUGUGUUUACAAUAAUCAAUUGGUCAUAGCACCAUUGAAGGUUACAAAAACUCAACACAAAGAUCACAAAAAACCAAGUAAAGGGCAUGUUGCAAAGUACAAGAAAAGGCAAUACUCCAAGCAAAUCACCACCACCACCACAACCACCACUCCACCGCCAUCCGCCUCACCAUCAUCAUCACUGUCCCCAUCACCAUUACCAUCACCGUCACCGCCUUCAUCUUCUCCGCCGGCAAGAAAGAAUGGUGUGGAGGAGUUUCUUAUGAAUCUAAGCAAGAACUUGACAUUUUACCAUGUGUUGCCACAAGAUGAAAGAGAAGCUGCAAUCCUACUAAUGGCAAUCUCAUGUGGCUAUGCUCAUGAGACCUAAAAGUAUUCAAGUUUAUUUCAAUUUGCAGGUGAGUUAUAGGGAUUUAAAACUUAUGUGUUACCUUCAUUUAUUUUGGAUUUCAUUUGCUAACGGUUAGUGAGGAUGAGGGUUAAGUUAAAUGUGUUGUGAGUUAUAUGUUUGUAUAAGAAUAAUAGAAUAUAUUUGAUGAACAUGUUGAUAACCAAAAGUAUUUAUGGAUCUCAUGUUCUUCAUCUAUGCUUAGAAAUUAUGUAAUAAUUCAUGUUUCUAUUUGAUCCAUA